CAGAUAACAGGAAGAUUUUAGACAUUAGUUAGCACACAAGGAAACUGUUUUUCGAAGCACCUCGUUCAUGUGUGUUUAGUAAGAACAUUUAUUAGAAAUAACAGUUGUAAUGUUUUCCACGUUUUUAUUUUGAUAAACGCUAAUGAAUCACAACGUUUUGGUACCAGGGAACAAACGGGAAGUGCAGAGAUACUCUUCAUUUUUGAAACAGAAAAAUACUACUAAGAGAGUAAACAAUUCAUGAGAAUAUUACUCAGCUAAACCAGCAGAAUGGGAACAAAGGGACAACAUUUCAUUUUGCUGUUAUGGAAGAACUUUCUGAUACAGAAACGCAAAGUAUGGACGAACGUGUUACAGAUUGGUGUGCCCAUAUUCUUCACACUAAUGCUUAUCUUUAUACGACUGAGAGUGAAGAGUGAAAUGAAAGAGAAAAUGCAGUGGCCAGACUGUACUUCCUGGAAUAUAAUAGACAAUAGCUUACCGCAUCGUCUUGCGUUUACUCCUGAAAAUAACGUAACUAGACGAAUACUGGAAAAAGCUUCAAAAACUCUAAGUCUGGUUGGAAUAAAAGGUUUUAGAACAGAGGUUGAGAUGGUAAAUUUUCUGAUGUUUUCUAACUCAUCCACAAACAACACAGGGAAGUACCUGGCUGGCGUUGUGUUUUCAGACAAUAUCAGAGACGGUUCAUUCCCACCAAAAAUAUCGUACAAGUUACGCUUCAGUUCCUCGCCACGUAAUAAUAACAAUGAUGAAAAUAAACUGUUCCGAUCAGACUCUCGGUGGGAAACACAGUUUACUUUUCCGAUAUUUCAAAGAGUGGGACCAAGAGAACCUAAAAAGGAAUGUGGUGGUGCACCAGGAUAUUCCCGUGAAGGAUUCUUAGCAGUUCAGCAUGCCAUUAACUUUGCUGUGUUGAGAGAAGUGGGUGGAGUAAACCAAAGCGAUAUUUUAGAUAAUAUUGAUGUGAACCUGAGACGUCAUCCGUACCCAGCGUUCAACGACGACAACUUUAUACUGGUGAUACAACAACAGUUCCCAUUAAUUCUGAUGCUGAGUUUUCUCAUCGUUUCUCUCAGUAUUGUUAAAGAUGUCGUCCAUGAGAAGGAAAGAAAACUUAAGGAGUCUUUGAAAAUGAUGGGUGUAAAUAACUGGUUACACUGGUCGGCAUGGUUUGUGAAGUACUUCCUGUUUCUGCUGAUUACCGUGGCGAUCAUGACACUGUUACUCUGCAUCAAAACAAACAGGGGACCAGUAAUUGGCAAGACUGACCCAUCCAUCAUCUUUAUAUUAAUAACGGUGUAUGCUGUAUCUACCAUCUCUUUUUGUUUUGCCGUCAGUGUCUUCUUUAAGAAGGCUAACUCAGGAGCUGCUGCAGGGGGUAUUUUCCACUUUUUGACUUACAUUCCAUACUUCUUCAUACAACCAAGGUACGAAACCAUGACAUUGCCACAGAAAAUACUCACAAGUCUCAUACCUAACACAGCCAUGGCUUACGGAGGUCAGAUCAUUGGGAUGUAUGAGGGUACAGGUACUGGUGUACAGUGGUAUAAUAUCAAAUAUGGUGUUUCUGUGGAUGACAACUUUACCCUGUUAAAUGUUCUCAUUAUGCUAAUCAUUGAUUCAUUCAUCUAUGGUGUCCUCACAUGGUAUGUGGAAGCUUUGUUUCCGGGAGAGUUUGGUGUACCACAGAAAUGGUACUUCUUUCUUACUAGUUCAUACUGGUGUGGAACAGUUCCGGAUGAGCAUGUACCUGAGGACAAAAAUAUAUCCAUGGGUCAGGUGCCAGAAUUCUUUGAGGCAGACCCUAUAGGUAUCAGGGCAGGUAUACAGAUAAGGAAUUUAAGGAAGGAGUUUAAAUCGGGAAACAGUAAGAAGGUUGCUGUGUGUGGGAUGACUGUAGAUAUGUACGAAGGUCAGAUAACAGCAUUGCUGGGUCAUAAUGGAGCAGGCAAAACUACAACCAUGUCAAUGCUAACAGGUUUCAUUCCCCCAUCUAGCGGUACAGCGAGGGUGAAUGGUUAUGACAUACGUAAAGACAUCAGCAGUGUACGGAACAGUCUAGGUCUGUGUCCCCAACAUGAUGUGUUGUUUGAUACAUUGACAGUUGAGGAACAUCUUAUCUUUUUUGGAAAAUUGAAAGGUUGUAGUUCAUCAACAAUAAAGACGGAGGUAGACAAUAUGUUGAGAUCUGUCAAAUUGGAGAGCAAGAGACAUGAACAAGCUAAAACAUUGUCGGGAGGAAUGAAACGUAAACUCUCUGUCGGAAUUGCUCUUAUUGGAGGCUCCAAGGUUGUUAUACUUGAUGAACCAUCUUCGGGUAUGGACCCCGAUGCCAGACGUCACAUUUGGUCUGUUCUUCAACAGAACCGUGCAGGCCGAACCAUGGUUCUUACAACACAUUUCAUGGAUGAGGCUGACCUUCUGGGAGAUAGAAUAGCAAUCAUGGCUGAUGGUGCUGUAAAGUGUUGUGGAACGUCUCUCUUCUUGAAGAAUAAAUACGGUGCUGGUUAUCAUCUAACAAUGGUCAAGGAACAAGACUGUGAUAUACAUGGUAUAACAUCACUCAUUGAAGAGCACAUCCAUCAUGCCAAGCUUGAGAGUAAUGUGGGGGCGGAGCUAUCGUACAUCCUACCACACGAGAUGUCACUGAAUUUCGAGAGUCUUUUCUCUGAACUGGACAGUAGAAAGUCAGAUCUUGGUAUUUCUAGUUACAACGUGUCCACCACUACAAUGGAAGAAGUAUUUCUAAGAGUUGGAGAAACAAGUGUUGGAAUAAAGAAAGCUACAUUAGCCAAACAGAAGGCAAAGAGAGAUCGUAACUAUUCGGACAGCAGAGAUAGUUCUGUUAACAAUGAUGUAGAUCAUUCUAAUGAGGAGACACCGCUGUUCAAAGGUGGAGCAGAUAGACAUGCAAACUACUCCGGAGAAAGCAAAUACGAGAGGACUGCCAGCUUUACUCAUGACAUUGACAAAAAUACUCAUAUGGUCCUAUAUGUUCAACAGUUCUAUGCUAUGUUCAUUAAACGUGUUCUUCAUACAUAUAGAAACCAGGUUGUUACUAUAUCUCAAUUAGCAGUUCCAUUAUUCUUCACAAUAAUGGCCUUGAUAGCGAUCAGAACUUUCCCGGGACCUCAGGACUCGCCACGGCUAAAUCUGACCAUAGAUUCACUGGGAGAUAAUGUUGUUGUUUAUUCUGAACAGUCUAAUUCAUCACUAGAGAAUAUGUUUGUACGAUCCUAUGGUAAACAGUUUAUACAUGACGGCAGUACGGAAACAGUUUUCGUAAAUAAUCGGACCGAAAACAGGAAUGACACAGACAUUAUAAAAUACUUACUGAAAGUUGGACAUGAUGAUAUCGGAGCAUACAAUUUGAAGUAUCUUGUCGGGGCAGAUGUUAAACCUCUGUCCUCAGGGAAGCAAACUGGACUCGACUUAACAGCUUAUUUCAAUAAUCAGGCUUUCCAUACCCCAGCUAUUUCUGUAGCAAUGGUAGCUAAUGCCCUCUUGCAGUUACUGACCAACAGUACGUCACAUUACCUCCAGGUGGCCAACCAUCCACUGCCAAGAUCCAUACAGGAUCAAAUUAAUGAUGAAUUUAACAAGGAAACUACAGGAUUUACAGUUGCGUUCAACAUUGUCUUCGGAAUGGCAUUUCUGGCAAGCAGCUUCACACUGUUUCUAAUCAAAGAAAGAGCAACGAAAGCCAAACAUUUACAGUUCAGUAGUGGAGUGAACAUGUUCAGUUUCUGGCCAGCGACAUUUUGUUGGGAUUUAAUCAAUUAUCUCAUACCAGCUAUAUGUCUCUUGUUGACUUUACGUGCAUUCAGUGUAGAUGCAUUUGUUGCCGACUACAAUCUGGCCCACAUCGCCCUGUUGUUGGUGCUAUAUGGGAUUGCUACACUGCCAUUCAUGUAUCUAUGGUCCUUCCUGUUUACUGUUCCCUCAACAGGAUAUGUUUGGAUCACCAUGUUCAACAUCUUAUCAGGUGUUGCUACAAUCCUGGCUGUUGGAAUUUUACGUAUACCACAAUUAAACCUGGAGGAUUUAUCGAAGGUACUGGAAUGGGUGUUUUUGGUGAUAUUGCCGAAUUACUGCCUGGGUCAGGGCCUCGAGGAUUAUUACAGUAACUACAAGUUCAAGGCAAUCUAUGAGGAAUUCUGUGUAAAAGAUCAGUUUGAGAAUUAUUGUCACUUUUUACCAAACCCUUGCUGUAGAGAUGUAACAGGUGAUUGUGGUAAAGAUGAGUGCCUUGACUACAACGCUAACCCCCUCGGCUGGGAGGCGAACGGUAUUGGCCGGAUGCUGGUAUUUCUGUGUAUACAGGCAGUUGUUUACUUCUUUAUCCUCUUCUUGAUCGAGUCAGAAGUGGCACAUUCUGUGCUUCAACGUGUAAUGAAGAAGUCUCAGAGGCAUGAGGCCUAUAAGAUCAUGUUGACAGAUGAGUCGGUUGUUCAGGAAGAUGAAGAUGUAGCAAGAGAACGAGCCAGGUUGGCGAACACAGACUGGCAGACACUGUUCUCCAGUGAAACACUUGUCAUCUCUGAGCUUACAAAAUACUAUGGCUCAAACUUGGCAGUAAAUAGAAUUAGUGUAGGAAUUCCUCAGGGUGAGUGCUUCGGUCUGCUAGGUGUGAAUGGUGCAGGGAAGACUACAACAUUUAAGAUGCUGACGGGAGAUGAGACUGUAUCAUCAGGCAGUGCGUACCUAAGUGGACACAGCAUUAUAUCACAGAUUGCUGAGGUACGACAAAAGCUUGGUUACUGCCCACAGUUUGAUGCAUUGAUAGAUCAGAUGUCAGGACGGGAAACCCUGUACAUGUAUGCACGUCUCCGAGGGAUACAUAAACACCAGAUAGAAUAUGUUGUCAAUGAUCUACUUGAUGCUUUACUACUUACAGAACAUGCUGAUAAACUUGUACAGGCUUAUAGUGGUGGAAACAAGCGGAAACUGAGUACAGCUAUAGCUUUGAUUGGUAACCCACCAGUUAUCUUCCUUGAUGAACCAACAACUGGUAUGGAUCCUGUGGCUAGAAGAUUCCUGUGGGACACAUUGUGUAGUAUACGACAGUCUGGAAGGACAUUAAUACUCACCUCUCAUAGCAUGGAAGAGUGUGAAGCCUUAUGCACUCGACUAGCUGUGAUGGUUAAUGGACAGUUUAAGUGUCUCGGCAGCCCACAGCAUCUGAAGAAUCGGUUCGGUGAAGGUUACUUCCUGAUCGCCAGGGUUGGAACAACAAGUACCGAGGACAUACCCAACCCAGAACCAUUAAUGAAAUUCAUAGAGCAAAAAUUUCCUGGCUGUGUUCUGAUAGACAUUCAUCAGGGUUACAUUAAUUAUCAUUUAACUGACACAACAUUAAAGUUAGCAGAAAUAUUCGGCACGAUGGAAAAAGCAAAAGCUAACUUUAAGAUAGAAGAUUACUCAGUGAGCCAAACAACGCUAGAACAGGUGUUCCUAAACUUUGCACGUGCUCAGGUGCCUCCAAAUAACCCAGGUAAUGGUUGUUGCGGCGGUUUUUGUCUAGCAUGUGGCUUGUUCAGCAGUUGUUGUAGGACGAGGACAAGGUUGCUACCGUCAGAUUUUGAUGAAAGUAUUAGUGUACAUUCCAAUACAGAAGGUAACCCAGGGCCAACAUCUGUUGUCUCUGUAUGAUCAAAUUGUGAUCUAAGUCUGUGAUUUAUUUGUUAUCACCAGUUUUCUUUAUUCUUUUUGUUUUUUAAAUAUGAGAGUAUAGGUGUCGAAAGAUUUUUGAAAAAAAAGUUAGCAGUUCUUUUAAGGGACCAUACUAGUAUACAACAGAUUUUAACAUAUUUUAUUUUGUAUUGUAAAUUUGUAUAAGAAGUGUUUAGCUAGUUUUUCUUUAAUAUUUUUAUUAAAUCUGUUAAUGCAUUCAAUCCUGUAUUUAGCAGCCAGAUGAUAGAGUGACACAGUCUGGCUGCUUGAGUCAGGUGAUAGAGUGACACAGUCUGGCUGCUUGAGUCAGGUGAUAGAGUGACACAGUCUGGCUGCUUGAGUCAGGUGGCUGAUUAACCUUAAGCCUGCUAAAUUUAAAAAAUGGACUGGUCCAUCAUUCAGUUUAGGUGAUACAAUUUCUUAUUCGAAGGGAUCUUCACUGAAAAUUUACUGACUGAAAAGAACAGUGCAGACCAUGAUCAGCCUGCAUGGAUGUGCAGGCUGAUCUUGGUUUGCACUGGUCGCAAAGGCAGAAUCACUUGCCACCUGCAGGCUAAAGGUUAAGACAGUUUGCAAUUAGAACAAAAAGUUAAAUGAGCUGACCGGCUGCUCAAGGCAAGUGGUUGCUAAAUACAGGCGGCCACUAACACAAGUUCGGCUGGACUCAUUUUUUUACUGUAUCUUAGUACAUUUGUAAUAUUGAUUUUUGCCUUUUACAGUACCUGUAUCUAGAGUUCUAUUCUGUAUGUCUUACAGCAUUUUUGAAAGCCAUUUUAUCAUAUAAAUUUUGUUUAUAACAUUUUAUUGUGCAAUAUUGAUAAUUUAAAGCAUUCUUAAAAUAUACAUGGACAUUCUACUACACUAUUAUCUAUUAUACACUGUUUUAUACUGUAUUUCUGUUUGUACUUUUUACUACUUCUUUAACAUGUUAGGUUUGUUUCAUUAAUUAUGCUGCCAAAGUUUUGCAUUAAUUGAAAUAUUUUGAGCAAAUAAAUAAGAAAAAACUGUAAAUUUGAGAAAGGUAUAUUAAUAAUAUAAUUUUAUGUGCAUUCUUGCAUAGCGGAUUGGAGAUUCUAGUGUUUUACACUGUGCUUCGAAACAUUUGACACUCUAGGGUAUAGAAUGAUUCCAAGUAGACCAUUCAUUAGUGUUUUUACCUAAAACUGGAUAAAAAGUCUAACUCCUUGAUUGUUCUGAGAAAAAGUUAUUUUAUGAAAAAUACAUAAUGUGAUGCUGCAGGUAAACAUACAGUGUUACAAACCUUUGAAACAACCUUGAUGUAAAUGUCCCUAAUUUUGUUUAAUACCCUAUUGUAAGAAAAUACUGUAGUUCUGUAAAGGUAUUCAUUUGUUGUGUUUUAAGGUUAUGGACCUGUAAUGACAAUCGACAACAUACUUGACAUUACGUAAUAUUCGAUACUACUUCUCCUUUUUACGGCAGCUAAUGUAGCUUGUGUGAGCAACUAGACGGAGAAUGCUGAACUCCUACAUGGAGAAUACGUAAUCGAACGGAAAUAAUCGAUGUUCAUUACGGGUCCAUCACCUUAAUAUUUGUAGAAUAUAUUGGAUGUAUCACUGGUUUUAUGUGCGGAUGGGAAUGUAAACAUCUCGAAUGAGAAGUAAUUUAUAGCAAAAGAGUGCUUUAACACUAUUUAUGCACGAUGGGCGGUUUAUUCGGGUGCAAUAAUUUCACGAGUGCGCAGCCUGAGUGAAAUUAUUUGUACAACGUAUUACCGCCCGAGUGUAUAAACAGAUGAAUUACUGCCCAAGUGUAUAAACAGUGUUAAAACACGGUUUUGCUAUAAAUUAUUUCGAUUCUUAUAUGCCCUUUAUCUAAAAGAGUAGAUAAAAUAUAGAAGCGCUCUUUCUUAGUCGCAACAAAAACUUAGACGUCACCACAUGUUAAUGCGACGUCAUUCUAGCAAAAGAAUGUUUUAACAGAGACAAGCAUAUUAAGAUUAUCUUUAAUGUAAAACAUGUCUUAUUUAAGAAAUAAUUUAUAGCAAAAUGGUGCGUUAACACUAUUUAUACACGAUGGGUGGUUAUACGCCAUGCGUAAUGAUUUCACGAUGGGGCAGCCCGAGUGAAUUAUUUUGAAUGACGUAUAACCACCCCAGUGUAUAAAUAGUGUUAAAACAACAUUUUGCUAUAAGUUAUUUCAAAUCUAAUAUGAAUUUAUUGUAAAAUUUAGAUCAAAUAUGACAGAACUAUUUCUUAGCGCAUGCAUGGCGCCAAUUGUUAGGUCGUCACACUCCUUUGUUUUUGCACGCCAGGACUGGAAAUGGUAAUACAACUUGCAGAAGAGUUCAGUUUGGGUGCAGAAGAUGUCGAAUUAUUCUGCAAAGCGAAUUACCAACUUAAUAUAUGUGUAAAUUAAUCAAGACAGUUGAUCAAUGUGACAUUUCAUUUUAAACAUGCUAUUAAGUAAAACAUUUGAUCAAAUUUGAAAGCACUAUUUCUAGAUGUAUACAUGACGCUAAAUAUCACAUUGAUGUGACGUCAACAUUAUAUCGUUGUGAUAAUUAAAGCUUUGUUAGUCAUAUUAGAAUUUAGUAUUAUGUUGUUUUCAAAAAAUGAUGUCAGUUUGGUAUUUUUCAUCCAGCUGAUAACACCCAAAACUUUCCAAUAAUUCUUCAUGCUCCUACAUUUUGUCAACUCUUAUGAAGUAAAAUGUCUAUGGAGGUCUUACCUAUUCAUGUCUGUAGCAAUGUUCUAUCUUUUUUUUAAUGUGUUUUACAUUUU